AUGUCCCGACCAUCUGCAAAGACAGUCCUGUUCCACCUCGAAGAUGACCUCGCCAAUUGGUUUCCCCCCUACAGUCAGCUUGACUAUCCUCACGUCCCGCCACACGAGAGCGAGACCAGUCUGCAAAUGAGCAACUUCACCCACGCCACCUUUGUCGAUCCCAUGGUCUUCCACCCUGCCCACCGUGUUGUGGAGAAUCUCCUCCGCCGUCAUCCUACCCAGCCCAUUCCUUCUCAAGUCAAAUUCAGUUGGAAGGAUUCGGAAAGAACAAGAUCUGGCUGGUCAAUGAUAUCGACAAGUGCCGUGUACUUCCUCGCAGCCCUCCACGGCCCAGCUGAAGUCCUGCCCCCGGACGUUCCACCCGAUCGCCGUCUUCGCAAGUUCGCCAUGAUUAAGCUCGAGCCCUUCAAUACCUUUGAUGCCCUGGUCAGCGACUUGCGCAGAGUGGAGGAGGAGAAGAAGAAGAAGAAGAACAAGAACAACGGCAACAACAAUCUAGACGAGGGUACCUCGAUCACCAGUCCCGGCAUUUCGCGCUUCGAGCCCGCCGCCCAGAAAUGGCUCAAGUACAUCGCAGACGUCUGCCUCAGUCUCCGAAUCAACCACGCCGCUCUCACCGACCACAUGCACCUCAUCAUGCUCGUGUUCCCCGCGAUGGACAUUAGCCAAGAUUCCUCUUCUGCCCCUGGCCAGCCCCGCUCUCCCGGGGCCCACGGAGGAACCUUUUCGGUUUCCAUCGUCAGCAGGAGCAGGGAGAAGCCUGUGGCUUACGCGGGAUGA